CCGCACAUCGUGCAUUGACACCCGGUGGUUGUGUCCGGGUAAGAUGGCGUUGGAAGAGCAGUGCUCGGCGCCACCCAGAUGGCGAUCCAUAUCGCUAACACACGUCGAGUUCGCCGAGGAUGACCUGACGGGACACCUGCUCGCCUACAUCAGCCUCUUGCCCAUCGCUAUUCUCGUAGGCUUUGUUACGCUUAUUGUGUUUAAGCGGGAACUGCACACGAUCUCCUUUUUCGGUGGGCUCACCCUUAACGAGGGCAUAAACUGGAUGCUCAAACACAUUCUUCGAGAGCCCCGCCCAUGCGCAGGGGCUCAUUCCAUGCUGAACACAGAUUAUGGGAUGCCGUCCAGUCACUCCCAGCUCAUCUGGUUCUUUGUUGUUUACUUCUUUCUUUUUCUUUAUUUAAGAAUGCAUCAGACGAACAACGCUCGGUGCGUGGACCUCCUAUGGCGACACAUAUUGUCCACCAUCCUGUUGGGCGUGGCCUUGGCCGUCUCGUACAGCAGGGUGUACCUACUGUACCACACGUGGAGCCAGGUGUUCUACGGUGGCGUGGCGGGCAGCGUCAUCGGUGUGCUCUGGUUCUUCAUCACACAGGAGCUGCUAACCCCUUUGUUCCCCAAAAUAGCGGCAUGGCCCGUCUCCGAAUACUUCCUGGUGCGCGACACCAGCCUGAUUCCCAACAUCUUGUGGUUCGAGUACACGGUGACGCGUUCGGAGGCCAGGAACAGACAACGAAAGCUCGGAACAAAACUCCAGUGAGCCACACACAUUUGACAUUUUACAGAAAAACACUGGAGGACUUCUGGACUCGAGUUGCCGAGUUGACAAAAAAGUGGGCAAGCGGUGGCGCCCCCUGCCGGCUGACACAUGCGUUACACACACCUACCGUCUUUGUACAGUUCGUCCGAGCAUGCCACGCCGUGCGAAAGGCCAACUAUUUCAACGAUAGAUUAAAUAUUUGAACUAACCACGCGUCAUGUGGCUUCCAAAACGGAGGAUUGGCUCCACCACAAAUUGUUACACGGUCAUUGCAGCAUGUUUUUGUCUGUUCAUAUCCUGACACAGGCCUGAUUUUUUUUUCUUAACCUCUCAGAAAUUUAUGGUAUGAGAGAGGGGAAAAAGCACUUUGUUUAAAAAAAAAAAAAAAAAAAAGAAGUCACAAAAAUGAAAAGCGUUCGUUCAGUGUUGAUUCAUUGGCUCCCAUUAAGUAAACUAAAUGAGUUAACAAACCUUACCACACCAAUUUCAAAAAGUCUGGCCAAAAAUAUUUUUUCUUUAAAUUCAAAACGUAAUUAUUUUAAGCCUCAUAAAGAUAUUAAAGUUGAAUAUUAAAAUCUAGUGUAGGGCAAUUUAUUAUUUUUGAUAAUUUCCACUUUAAUAUUAUAUAUACAGUGAGCAGCAGAAGUAUUUGCACCCCUUGUGAUUUUCCAUUUCACCCACGUAGAAAAUGGGUAGAGGUCUGAAAUCUCAAUCAUGGAUGCAUUUCCACGUAUAGAGACAUAGUCUAAACAAAUUCUGGAACUCACAUUGUAUGAUUUUUCAAUAAAUUUGUAAUUUACUGGGGUUCAUAAGUAUUUAUACCCCUGAGACAUAGACUUAAUAAUGAUAUUGACGGGGCGUGGGGCUGAAUAUUAGAGGGCCUAUCCCCCUCAAAGUUGACUGAGUGGAAACGCGGACAAAGAGCUUUUUACGUUGAAAAUUCGUGUGAAUAAAUGCUUAAAUCCCUGAAUUAUAAAUAUGGACGUAAAACAGUCAAUUCUUGGUUAAAAGCAAAAAAACCUGCAGUGAACAUUUAUUUUACGUAAAUAUGUCGGAGUACGAUGCUAGUCUGAUAGUCAAUGUGGCGGCCGCCUUACGUAAACAGAGCUUUUCUGGUGAAAAUUCUUGUGAAUAAAUGCUUAGAUCCCUGAAUUCUUUAUAGAUAUGGAUGUAAAACAGUCUCGAUUCUUUGUUAAAAGAGCAAAAAAACGGGCAGUUAGCAUUUAUUUCACGUAAAUAUGUCAAAGUAAGAUGCUAGUCUGAUAGUCAAUGUGGCGGCCGCCUUACGUAAACAGAGCUCUUCUGGUGAAAAUUCUUCAGAAUAAAUGCUUAUAUCCCUGAAUUCUUUAUAGAUAUGGACAUAAAACAGUCUCGAUUCUUGGUUAAAAGCAAAAAAAAAAGUGCAGUUAGCAUUCAUUUCACUUAAAUAUGUCAAAGUACAGAGCUUUUCUGGUGAAAAUUCUUGUGAAUAAAUGCUUAUAUCCCUGAAUUCUACUAGAUAUGGACGUAAAACAGUCUCGAUUAAUGGUUAAAAGCAAAAAAACAAACAAAAACGUGCAGUUAGCAUUUAUUUUACGUAAAUAUGUCAAAGUACAGAGCUUUUCUGGUGAAAAUUCUUGUGAAUAAAUGCCUAAAUCCCUGAAUUCUUAAUACAUAUGGACGUAAAAUCGUCUCGAUUCUUUGUUAAAAGAGAAAAAAAACAGACAGUUAGCAUUUAUUUACCUAAAUUUGUAGAAGUACGAUGCUAGUCUGAUAGUCGAUGUGGCGGCCGCCUCACGUAAACAGAGCUUUUCUGGUGAAAAUUCUUGUGAAUAAAUGCUUAUAUCCCUGAAUUCUACUAGAUAUGGACGUAAAACAGUCUCGAUUAAUGGUUAAAAGCAAAAAAACAAACAAAAACGUGCAGUUAGCAUUUAUUUUACGUAAAUAUGUCAAAGUACAGAGCUUUUCUGGUGAAAAUUCUUGUGAAUAAAUGCCUAAAUCCCUGAAUUCUUAAUACAUAUGGAAGUAAAAUCGUCUCGAUUCUUUGUUAAAAGAGAAAAAAAACGGACAGUUAGCAUUUAUUUACUAAAUUUGUAGAAGUACGAUGCUAGUCUGAUAGUCGAUGUGGCGGCCGCCUCACGUAAACAGAGCUUUUCUGGUGAAAUUUUUUGUGUCUCGAUUCUUGGUUGAAAGCAAAAAAAAUGUGCAGUUAGCAUUCGUUUCACUAAAUAUAUCAAAGUACAGAGCUUUUCUGCUAAAUUCUUGUGAAUAAAUGGAUAUGGACGUAAAACAGUCUCGAUUCUUGGUUAUAAGCAAAAAAAAGUGCAGUUAGCACUUAUUUUACCUAAAUAUGUCGAAGUACGAUGCUAGUCAAUGUGGCGGCGCCUUACGUUAACAGUUUUUCUGGAGAAAAUUCUUGUGAAUAAAUGCUUAAAUCCCUGAAUUCUUAAUAGAUAUGGACGUAAAACAGUCUCGAUUCUUGGUUAAAAGCAAAAAAAUGUGCAGUUAGCAUUUAUUUUACGUAAAUAUGUCGAAGAAUGAUGCUAGUCUGUUAGACAAUGUGGCAGCAUCCUUAGAACAAAGCUUUUUGGGUUCAAAAUUCUUAUGAAAAAAACAAAAAAUACAUUAAUUACCUUGAAUCCUCAAACAAAUCACUCCUGAGACAAUCCUUUCCUAUUUGUAUGCGGUACAGCUUUCGUAUCUUUUCAACCUAAAUCCGGCGUUGGAUCGCGGCAUGUGUUGCUGUGCCCGACUGCGAAUAACUGAAGCGGAUUGUGGGAUGGACUUGAAGGCUUGGUGCAGUGAAGGUGGAAUCUGACCCGUCAAUGUCGUUAUGAAGUCUAUGCCUUACUGCAAAUGAUAGAUCAUGAAAUAAACAUUUUCAUCUAACCAUACUCACUUAAUAACAAUCCAAUGUUACUGCACAAAUUUAUUAUAUGAAAUUAUUAGAGCUGAAACGAAUACUCGAGUAACUCGAGUUUAAAAACUGAUCCGAGUAAUUUUAUUCACCUCGAGUAAUGGUUUAUUUUGACCGCUCUAAGCAUCACGUUUUGCUUGGACUACUUUUAAUGCGGGACAACGCGCUGAUGUCACGUGCGGAGAGGAAGAAGGGAAAAAAAAAAAAAACUUACUGCAGCCAACAGCCGCUACAAACGACGCCGACGUUGCUAAAUACUAACCUGCACGAUGCUACGUUGGUUGCAGGUAGCGUCUGAUGCGUCUCAUAGAGACCGCAUGUAUGUUGAACUAGAUGCUAAAUGACAGACUCGGCCUCUUCUGGGCAGCGUUAGUAAACAGCCGCCAUCUUAAAGCAGUAGAGCGCUAAGCGCUAAUAACGAGCGCUAAGCGCUAAUAAAUAAUAUUAACGCUACUGUCACUACUAGCUCACGUAACGUUCGCCCUGCGGAGGGCUAGGUUUCUAUUAAUUAUGACCACUGUUGAUGCGUGACUAACGUGUCUUACAUACAGGUUUUAACAUAACAUAGCAUUGUGGAGUGAUGAGGGUGUAAAAUAAAAACUUAAUAAUGCUAACUAUCAAUUUUAGCUCAGUAGUCAUUGCUGGAUAAAACGCCAAGUAGCACUGGUCCCUAAUGUGCUCCAAUACAGCCUGUAUCAUACAUUUAUUUUGAACACUGCAAAAACUCAAAAUCCUAUCAGGACUUACAGUUUAGACUAACUUAAAACUUAACUACAACUUAAAAAUGGCUUGACACAAAUAGAAAUUCAAUUGAAACACGUGGGAAAAAAUCCUAACUUUUAAGUGAUGUGUGUUAUCAAGCGUAACGGCAUUUUAAGGUAAGAUAUACACUAUAUAAAUUUUUUUUUCAAUAAGAUCUAAAAGUUUUUUGAGUGAAAGCAGUGAAUUUGUCUUUUUUUUUUUAUUCUAGUUACAUCUCAGAUGCAAAUGGCUGUUUUCAACAAUAUACAUCGAAAAUAAAGACAUUGAUUGACUGAAAAUGGUUCUAGAUGAAAUGUCUUGUUUUCUCAUGUAUAUUUAUAAUUGCUCUUCACCUAAAAAUAUACUUGUUUUAUCCGAUUACUCGAUUAAUCGAUAGAAUUUUCAGUCGAUUACUCGAUUACUAAAAUAUUUGAUAGCUGCAGCCCUAGAAAUUAUACAUCUCAAGAAUCGUAAACGAUACAUGUACCUGGCAACUAAAAGUCUGCAAUAGUCAAUUUAUAUUCAGUUUUAAUACAUUUAUGAGGCUUAAAAUCAAAGCAUUUCAGGUUGUUCAGGGGGAAAGAACAGGCACACAUCUCGGAUGUUGCUAACUUUUAAAGAAAAGUGUAAAUAUUUGUAUAAGAAAUAGUUCGUGAUCAUCAAUUUAAAGCAACCCUAAAAAAUAUAAACAGUAAACCCCUAUAUCAACAAUCUAAAAAUUGGCGAUGCUUAAAAAUUAUUGGAGGAAAAAAAAAGAACCGCAUUGUUUUUCUGUGUGCGUUUAUGUGAAGGGCUAAUAUUAAUUAGUGUACUCAUCAGGUAUAUUUGGAGAAGAAUUAUGUUUCGUUUGUGGGAACUCUGUUGAAAUGAUUGUCAUUGGCUUACGGGAGGCUACUCGAUGCCAAUGACUGUGAAGGAUGUCGAAUCCUUUUGGACUGGAUUAUUCGCUGCCAGCCCCUUUCAGAUUAAGUACAGUGGUAUGAAAAAGUAUCUGAACCUUUUGGAAUUUCUCACAUUUUUCUAUAAAAUCACCAUCAAAUGUGAUCUGAUCUUUGUCAAAAUCACACAGAUGUAAAAACAGUGUCUGCUUUAACUAAAACCACCCAAACAUUUAUCGGUUUUCAUAUUUAAAUGAGGAUAGCAUGAAAACAAUGACAGAAGGGGGGGAAAAAUAACUGAACCCUGCCUAAAGAGACUUAAAGAGCAAUUGAAACCAAUUUUUACCAACCAAUUUAAGUCAGGUGUGUGCCCAAUCACUUAUGAGUGGUUUAAAGCUGCCCUGCCCACUAUAAAACACACACCUGGUAAGAACUAGGCGUGUGCCAAUAUAUCGAAAUGGGGAUAUAUCGUGAGACCUUGUAUCCCUGCCAAGAGUCGAUGUAUCGUUGGGGCGCUUACAGCUUGACUACCAUUGGCGCCCAAUUCGUUUGAAGUGAAGGGAUCUUAGCACAAACGGAUUGGACGUCUACUCGUGUUAAACUCAUUCCAAUCCACAGCAGGAGGAUGAAAAUACCCUUUUUUUCUUUUUAUUAGUUGUUUUGUAGAAUGAUAUCCUGUCCAAUGUAUCGAUAAUUGUUGUAUCGCCAUAUCGUGAGAUCAUCGUUAUCGUGGGCUUUGUAUCGUAUAUCAUAUCGUAUGGUGAGUUACCAAGAGGUUCCCACCCCUACUGGGAAUGUUCGUUCAUUUGAAACCAGGGCAUUUAGUCAUUCUGUUCGAUUUUCAGGGCAUUUACAAGUCACUUGCUGUUCAUUUUAGGGCAUUUACAGGUCAUUUCCUGUUGAGUUCGAGUCACUGCCUAUUCAUUUGAGUGAUUCCCAGGUCAGUUUUUGUUCCGUCACUCAAAAUAAACAGGAGGUGACCCAUAAAAUACCCCAAAAUCAACAGACGGUAACUGAAAAUCAACAGAUAAAUGACCUUGAAUGGCCCAAAAUGAUGUCAUUGCCUGAGAUUGGCUACCACUGACGC